AGGGUAUAUAGCCCAGACGGUCUCCUGCUGUACCCACUCUACCCCGACACUCCCACAACACAACAACAGCAGCAGCAGCAGCAACACAGCAACACUCGUCAUGAAGAGAGCAGCGACUGUGGCUCUUGCCUUUGCGGCGUUCGUGGCAAUCUUCGGUCAAGGGAGCCCGUGUCCUACCGGGUACGUGUCCUUCACCGUGGACCCGAUGACGCCCGUCUGUAUAAAGUUCUACACGGAGGAGAAGGGGUCGUGGGACCACAUGAGGGCCCUGUGUCAGGCAGAAGGGGCCGACCUGGCCGAGCUCAAGGGCGACCUCCACCACCAGGUGGUCCAGUACCUCACCGGGUACCGUGAAUUUAACGAGAGAGCAUAUUGGAUUGGAGGAACCGACGCGGGCCACGAAGGAACGUGGGUGUGGGUGAGCGACGGGUCGGCGAUGGAGAUGGGCGUCCCACACUGGUACCCGUGUGACGGCGGAGAGCCCAACGACGGCACCUUAGCCAACUACGCCUGUAUCCACACUCCUGACUUCUACUUCCAUAGCUGCUACAACCACGACGAUAUCUACGCCAUCUGCCAGAUCUAAGUCUUCUCCAACCACACUUAUGCUGACCUCAGCCACGAAGGCCUCCCCAUCUACCCAUAUAAACGUUUUCAGCAGAGUGGAAGUUGACAACGAAUUCUCGCAUUGAAACUUCAAAGAACCGAGGUUUUAUAUAUGUGAAAAAUAUGAAUUAAGGACAAUUUAUCGAGUGAGAGUGAGAGAAAAUUUUACAUAUGAAAAGGGUAUGGCAGAUUGGCACUAAAAACGGGAAUGUCUAGAGAGAACUUUAAAAUACAAAUAUAAUUUACUUACA